GCUCACUCACCUUCUUACUUUCCCUUUUUUCCUUUCUCUCUUCCUCUGCUCUCUCUCUCUCUGCUCCUCUUUCUUCCUCGCCCCCUCCCCUUGUUUCUUGCAACCUCUCUUCUUGAAACUCUCACAAACCACCACCACCACUACCACCAGACGCUUACGUGUCACGCAACAUCCCAUCGUUCCUCGUCGGCCUAAAAGCAGAUCUAUCCAGCCUACGACAAGUCGACCUUGAACUCGGCAAGAAACUUGGCAACCUUUUCGGCGUCGAAUUGCUUGAAGUCGACGCAUUUUCAGAAGACGGCACAAAACGCAUGAAAGACAUCUACACAAUGCUGGUGAAACGAUGCAUUCAAGAUCACGGCGACGAGUUCCAGUCGUUUCAUGCAGUUACAACACCACCAGCAGCAGCACCGCCAUCAUCAUCCUCAGCAACAGCAACACCGACGCCCACUUCCGAUAAUGAAAGCACAAUGACAAUGCGUGAACGCCGCAUCUCGGGUGAGGCAAUUUCAUUGAAAAGUCGUCGGUCUACCGAUGGCUUGUCGGAAUACAGUGUCAACAGCACCAGCAACAGCACCCACACGAACAAUAACGACGAGUCAGUAGUACGGCGAACAAGCUUUUCAAGUGACACGAAUAGCUUUACAUCUGACUAUCGGUUCCCGUCACUGUCGUCCAAAAAGGCUGCUGCUGCACAAGCGGCUGCAUCCGAUGCAGAAUCUAAACCGCUGACAGGCUUUGUGUAUGCGCCAACAUCAACAACAACAACAACUAGUACGACGACAGCAACAACAACAACAACAGCGACAGCGACAGCGACCGUAACAGCUACCGCUGCCACUGCAUCAACCGCUACAACCAGCACAGCCAAUCAUUCAACACCGGCUUCUAACAAAACCGCAAAAAAGCAAAAACAACUCAAGGAUGCCCGUAAUACCGAUACAGCAUCACCAUCGUCGGCCAAAGUCAUUGAGCGUAAGACUAGCUUGCAUAAUACACCAUAUGCUAGAAAAGGCUUGGCUGCCAGUCGGCGAGGGUCCAAAGACAGUUGCGAGUCCAUGGGAACAGGCUUGACGAUUGAUGAUCUCGUUGACAAGCUACUUGCGGACGACCCACCUCGUUCCGACGAACACAUUGCAACGAUCUUUAUCACGUUUUUCCGACGCUUCAUGAAGCCGAGUGAGCUGGCACGAGUGCUUAUUGACCGAUUCGACAGUGACGGAUUACUGGAACCACCGCCGACGCGUCUUCAAGAGCGGAUCCAGGCCGUUUUCCUCAUUUGGUUAUCCAGUUACUGGAAUGAUUUCCACAGCCGACGGACACGAAAGCUGAUCACGCACUUUCUGGAUCGGAUAUCCAAAGAAGAGGUGCUACGACCGAUCAGUGAAUCACUGACGCCACUGGCCAAUCGGAUGCCGCCCGACGAGGAUCCCGACGCGCAUUGGGGCAUGGCGGAUGACGAUAACGAACACCUGGAUCUCCCUAUCAACAACGAGGAAGACAACGACGCUGCAUCGGAUUCUUCGGACGAUGAUGUCUUUGAAGAAUGCGAGGGUACAACCAUGGAUGAAAUGGAAGAAGAAGAAACAUCAUCCAGCACGACGACAACAACAACAUCGGGUACCACCAAAAACAAAAAGGACAGUGGCUACUCAUCAGAAUCGUUUGUCAACUUUUUCACUGGCACCAAGAUUGACAAGGCCGAGGACAGCAAAUCCAUUUCAGAGGGCUGCUAUGCUGCAACAACAUCGAAUGCAGAUGCAGCAGCAGCACCACCACCGCCAUUAAAACGCACUGCCAGUGUUAGUUCUUUCAGUUUGUUUGGCGGUAGCAGUGGUGGUGGUAGCAACAGCAGUCGACAACGCAAAUCGUCCAUUACGUCUUCCCUUGGUUUCCUAUUUUCAUUUGCUCCCAUGACAGCUGCCAAACCGGCGGAAGAAGAGUCCGUGGACGCGUCGCAACAAGAACAAAAAGAGCAAGCGUCAAAACAACACAAUGACACGACGCCAAAGAAGGAAGAGCCGAAACACGCGUCCGAGUCACCAGAACCCAAAAAGGAAAAGCCUCUACCGAAAAAAAAAGAAACGACAACCACGCCUCCAUCGUUGCCAUCCCAACCAAGGCCUUUAUCGAAGCAGCAGCCUGUCACGAGUCCAUCCACACCUGCAUCCAAAGUAGACACGCGACGGCCAUCCGUUGAUGCGCGAUCCACAACCACUGCUACUACUACCGCAGAACGUGCUCCUCCUACCACCAAUGUCAGCAGCGGCAAUAGCAAUCGGACCGAGUUUGCAGGCGGGUUGAUCAACAUUGACACACACUGCAGCAUGUCCACCUCGCCUAGCUGGACAUCGUUUGGUGCCAACACCAUCUCCUCUUCUGCUGCCAGCUUUAUCAGCGUGUUUGGUGGUGGCAAUAACACGUCUUCUACAGCGUUUCGCGGCGAAAAGUCCGAAAAGGACCAGAUCAGUUACAACUUUAGGGUCAUGAUGGAGAUCCCUGACCAGGCUGUGGCGGACCAACUGACAUGGAUCGAGUCUGAGCUGUUUGGCAAGAUCAAGGCACGCGAGUUUGUACGCAACAUCUGGGCCCCACGACCGAGCUCGAUAGCGUCCGAAGACCAAGUAAAGUGCCACAGUGCCGUGGUUGCCUCGAUAGCUCACUUUAACUUCAUCUCCGCUUGGGUGGCCACCAUCAUUGUCACACAGCCAAAGCUAAACAAGCGCGCUGCUUUGCUUGAAAAGUACAUGUCCAUUGCUGUGGAAUUGCGAAAUCAUAACAACUACAACUCGCUUAUGGCAGUUUUGGCUGGGCUGAACAGCGCAUCCGUCUUGCGACUGAAGCAAACGCGUGAUGCUAUUUCCGACAAGAAGAUUUACAAGCAGUUCCAGAGUCUUGAACGGUUGAUGAGUUCGGAUAGGUCAUUUAGUUCUUAUCGACUUGCACUCAAGGCGUCUGAAGCACCGGGUAUUCCCUAUCUUGGCAUUCAUAAUCAAGAUCUCGUAUCGCUUGCUGAAGGCAACAAGGACCUGCGCCCGGAUGGAACGAUUCAUUGGGAGAAGUUUCGAUUGAUGGGCGAAUGUAUUGUAGCAAUGAUAAAGUUCCAAUGUCCUGCAUACGAUAUCGAACCCGAUGGCAAGAUCCUUCACUUUAUUGCUGACACUGAGAUUCUUAGCGAAGAUGAGCAAUACAAGCGCUCAAACUUGGUAGAACCACGGCUAAAAUCAUCAAGCACAAACCGUUUACGGGACCUUUGGCUCCGUAUGUAAUCAUAUAUAUUAUCGUAUUCCAUAGUCUACCUUACUCCCCUUCGUAUUACAAACUUGACACUAUACAGCAUAUACUUCUAUCAUCAUCAUCCAUCCUCCUAAUCAGACAUCGUACCACCAUUCUUUCAACAAGAAAAAAAAAAGUUUCAAUAAUCUUCACACAGUACUACU